CCGGUGUUGUAUUACAGCGAAUGUGUUACACUAGUAUUGCAUUACAGUGGGAUGUCUGUGUCAAGUUUUGAGCAAGUCUCAAUUAGAAGGCGACAGUGUUUACGACUGUUUACCCAGUCGUGGAUGGAUGAUGAGCGCAGCUCUCAGCAGAUGCUUCAUCAUGCAGCCAAAACUUCUGACUUUUGUCCUGCUGUCUGCGCUGGUCCUGCAAGGUCACUCAGACACUGGGACGGUGUGUUCGUCGAGCUGCAGCGGUCCAGUUUACAAAUUUAGCAAUAUCAGCUUCAGAAUCACAAGCUCCAGCUUGAGCAGCACAUCACUGUGUCAGUACUUCUAUAACAUAUCACUCUCUCUGAACUCUGCACAGUAUGAACCUGCAAAAACCCUGCAGUGCGAGUCUUUCAGUGUUACUGUACAGUCAAUCAGAGACAGAUUGAAUAAUACGUUGACAAACAAUCCCAGAGUAGAUAUGAUUUUCCGGAGCAGCACAUCAAACCUCACCUUACUUAGUUUUAAGCUCGGAGAUGAUGACUUCACACUGAUGGACCUGGGCAGCUUUGUUGGGAUGAAUUGCACAUGCAUAAAAGACAAGACAACAGGAAAAAUCACGUGCAGUUUUCCAGUCUCUACAACUUCAGGGACACCUUUCGCCACCAGUAUGACAACACCAAACGCAAGCACAGCAGCUACUGAACCAACUACUGACGCAACAGCCAACACAGAAACAAAUGCCACCACCUCGUCAGUAACAACUCAACCAGCACGAAGCUCAGAGCACCUCGCAGGGAGCAUUCUUUCAUUGAAUAGCACUGUUAACAGCACUGUGGCAAAAACCAUCUUCACAGACAUGAGCAGGACCAUUGACAGUCAAAGCAGUUCAGAUCAGAACGGCAAUAACAAGUUAAUACAGGCCGUGGAGAAACUGCUACAACUCAUAGAGAUGGAAAACGAGACUCUAACUAUUAACACACCUUCUGUGACCGUGGGGCUAAAGAAGGUGAACGGGAACAACUUUCAGAAGACCUCCUUCACAAUGACUGACAGUGGCCUGCAGGUUGAUGGUGAUUCCACUAAUGGAUCCACUCCUAAAGGCUCUAUUGUUCUACCUGCCUCCCUCCUGAAGAACCUCUCUCCCAAGGAGAAGAACCAAACUUCCAGCGUACAGUUUUGCUUCUAUCAGAAAACUUCUCUCUUUCAGUAUGGUGCGUCGAACACCACCGAGCUCAUCAGCGGAGUUCUGGCCUCCAGUGUGGCUAAGCUGAAUAUCUCCGGCCUGGAAGAGAACGUGACCAUUACCCUGAAGAAAACCAAGUCAACGGAUAAAAAUGUUCUCUGUACAUUUUGGAAAUAUGACUUAAACAAUGGCUCUGGUGGCUGGUCCUCUGACGGCUGCACUGUGUUGAGCAGCACUGCCAGUGAGAUUGUGUGCAGUUGUGACCAUCUCACCAACUUUGGUGUGCUGCUGGACUUCUCUAAUCAGUCAAUAACAAGUUACAAACAAGUUAUCAUCCUCAACAACAUAACCUACAUUGGUUGUGGCAUUUCUUCCAUUUUCCUCAUGGUCACCUUGGUUAUGUACCUGCGGUCAGAGAAGCUGCAUAAGGUUGUCCCAAAUAAAAUGCUGAUCCAGCUGUGUUUUGCCCUGCUGCUCCUGAACCUGGUGUUCUUCCUGGACUCGUUCCUGGCUAAGCAGCUCGACAGCGUGGGCCUCUGCAUCCCUACAGUCUUCUUCCUGAGCUACUUCCUGUUGGUCUCUUUCACUUGGGUAGCGCUGGAGUCUGUACACAUAUACCUGACCAUUGUCAAAGUUUUCAACAACUACGUCGCCCACUUCAUGGUCAAAGUAACGCUGCUGGGAUGGGGCAUUCCCCUGGUUGUGGUCAUCAUUCCUGUAGCUAUUAAUAAAUCAGUCUAUGGAAUUACAAGUACUAUGUUGGACAACGGAUCUGUGGAAUACUUCUGCUGGUGGAAAGACGUGAAUGUUUUCCGUAUUGUGGUGGGAGCGUAUUUCUCUGUGACCUACCUGAUGAACUUCACCAUGUUUAUAGUGGUGUUGACGCUAAUGUGCCGCAUUAAGAAGAAGACCCCCCAUCCCGGUCAGAACCGGACCGUGCUGCAGGACAUCUGGAGUGUGACCGCGCUUGCUGUGCUCAUGGGCCUCACCUGGAUCUUUGGUUUGUUCUCCUGGGGAUCUGCUCAUUUGUUCUUCACCUACCUGUCUGCCAUCUGCAAUUCGCUGCAGGGCUUUUUCAUCUUUGUGUUCCGCUGUGCUGCGAAGGAAGAAAUCAGACGACAGUGGCGGAAACACGUGUGCUGUGGAAAAUGCAUGCUGGGGGAAAUUCCAGAGAGAGCUCAAACGGCCUGGAGUAGGGUCACCACCUCAGUCCUGUCGUUCAGAUUCUCUUCAAGCAGCCAGGAAAGAAAUGUUUCCAGAUCAAAGUUUGACAGCUACCCAGACAUCGCCUGCUCCGCCACUCAUACAGAACUAAAAUCAUUAUCCAGCUGUGUGAUGGUAACAGGACCAAAAAAUGUCUCGGACGGACGGACGAGCGAAUGGACAGACGAAGCUACAAGCGAAGGAAAGGAUGAACGAACAGUGUUCUUGUGUGGAUAAACAAAUGACUGGGCAGCAGGCAGCUACAGACAGGUGGGCUAGCUUGCCAGCUUUUGGUAAUGCAGGGUUGCUUUAGCUCAGCAAGUUUCUCCAACUCUGAAACUUGUGUGGGCGGGGCCAGAGAAAUCAGCCUUGUGAUUGGUCAGGGGAAUGCUUACGGAAGCGUUACCCAACACCCAGUUUAUGUUGACAGUAGAGAAGUAUGGUGACAUAUAUUGGCCAGUUAUUGGUCAGUGGAACAUUAUUCUCACAUACUAAGUACAUGUUUACUGUUUGCCUGCGAGAACAUGAUCAGAAAGGCACCAGAUUUAGGUUCUCCAGUUCUUUAAAGCCCGUUCGUUGUUUUUGCCUCCUGUCUGAUCAGCUUACUACUGUCUUAUUAAGUGGGGAUGUUGAAAAUGCAAGAUGUCAGGUGUUUAAUUUGGCUUUCUGUGUGUGUUCAGUUCUUUCAUUGUACAGUGAUGAUGUAACACUGAUCUUUUUAACUUGUAGGGAACGCGUGUACGGACAGAACGAUCACUCAGGAGCCCACCUCAGACGUAGAUAUGUGACAAUAAGUAUCUAAAUUAGGAGACACGUGAUAUCGUGGCAGGUCCAGUGUUUUUUAAUGGGUAAUAUGUUGUCAGUAUACAUAACUUGGAAGUGACAUACAAAGCAUCCAAAGGUACUCAUUAUGUGCACUUUCCAGUUUUCCAGGGAAGUGUGUUUAAUUGAGGGCUGGAUCAUGACUUAAGCUGUGGGAAGCCAUUCGGCUGCGUUCACACAGCAGGUAAAAGUGGCCCAAAUCAGAUUUUUUCCUUCAGAUGUGACACAGGUGUGUGUCUGUGUGUCAGUGUGAACAGGUAAACACGCUGAAUCUGACAUGAUCAAUUCUGAUUUGAGACGCUUUCAUAUGUGGCACUGAAAUCCGAUCCAUAUCCGAUCUGCAGCAAUGCAACUUAGUUUGAACGGCCAGAUCAGAAUUCAGGCGUUUUUUUAUGUCAAUCCAACUCGACAUUCGUCGUGAUUUUGCACUGCUGAACAUUUAGGCUGAUGUUUCUGCACAAAAAUGAUUAAAGACUCAUUCAAAAACGCUCCGUUUGAAGGGAUUUCUAAUGAAAUGUCCGAACGCGGCCGCAGGAGAACGAGGCCGCAGCGUCAAAGAACAGUUAAAAGUCUAAAAGUGAAGUUUAAAGAACCCGAAGAUGAGAACCGAAGAAGUGGCCGCGCCCUUUUUACGUCUCGAACACGUUCUGUGUGAUGAGCCCAGCUGUCAGUCAGUGAAGCUUCAUGAUGCUCCUGUGAUGCUGGUGAAGAUGAAGCUGAUCCUCCGGGAGCGACUGGUUUGUUGGCGGUUGUGAUUGUUUACCUCUGGAUGAGCCGUGACGCAGCGUGACGCUCAGGUCUUUUGAGUCGGUUUAGGAGCUGAUCUGUUCAGACUGUCGCAUACAGACCACGUUUACAAGAUCAUCUGAACAGACAAACAAAACAAUCAGAUUUGGAGAGAAAAUCAGAUUCAGGCCUGUGUGAACUGUGUGAACGUAGCCUUAGUCUGACCACUCAAGUCUUGUGGGCUGCCACACACAUUUGGGAUGAAAUUUGAUAGAAACUACAGCCACAUGCCAAAGUUUGUUCGCGCUGGUCGAAUACCUUGUUGUGUUUACUUUUGAAGUGAAAAUUAGUUUGCACAUCCUUUACAGGACGGAACUUAAAAUGGCAAUUUUUCACAAUUUUUUUUUCUGCAUAAUUUCUAUUUCUUUGAUGAUAUUAAAAAAAAAAGAAAGAAAGAAAAUAAAAUAUAAAACGUGCCGUGACUUUUGCUCAGAUGGCCACAUUUUGGUUUUUUUCCACAAUGUGUUAAAUUCUGCAAAUAAGAUUUCUAAUUGGGCUUUAGGAAAUGUGCAGAACAGGGGUGUUGAAACUUAUUUUCAGUCGUAAAACCUACAGAAUGUGUCAUUUAACCAGGGGUGCUCAAACUUUUGCAUACGUGUGUAGGCCCCUCAUUGAUUUCUGAGUUUCAUUCUUACCUGAUAUCAGUAAUUGUUUUUGUACUUAAUUAUACUCACUGGUCCAUAAAGCACAUUCAGUGGUUCUGACGAUAUACUGCAUCCAGUCCAGUCACUACUCUGCCCUGUGCUUCAUGUACAACCAGCUUAUCUCUGAAAACCAGUUCACCAGCUGACUGGGUAACCGUAACUCUGCGGUCUGUAGGAGUGCAGAGUGACGUAAGUCACGAUUCAGUUCUAAGUGGAUAAGUGGCUUGAACAGCUGUUGCUCACAGCUGUAGUGUGCUCUUUCAUUUUCAGUGCUGUAUAUUAAACAUAAAUUAUUUGUAAAAUUGUCUUAUUAUUCAAAAGCGCUGUGACAUCCUAUUGUUAUAAUAACCAAAUGAUGCAGAACUGUUACAGUAACUAAACAGUACAUUUAUACAGCAACUACCGGAUACAGAUGGACUGAUUAGUAGGCUUUCAAUGCAAUAUAAGCUCUUUUUCUUAUUUUAUGUUAUUUAAAUAUUGUUCCAUAAUGUUUUCUUCUGUAGUGCAGCUACAAACUGAUCAGAUGUUGUAGAUGGAUAUUGUUCAAUUAAAUGUGUGUCAAAUAAAAUGGUGUUUAUAUCAAUA